CGGACGCAAUACGAACAAGAAUAGCCGUCAGUCAGAUUGUUCUUGACAUCAAGCCUUUUAAAAUCUUAUUAUAUUUCGUUUAACGUUCCUCUGUGUAAAACUCUGUGUUAUUAAAAUUCGUCUAUACAAUUCGAUUGAAUCAAUCGUUUCGAAUUUUAGGAUUUUUUUUUAUCAUAUGCUUAUAUUACGAUACACAAUUGAUAAGCAUGGCUAUAAUAUAGAUAACACUCGCAGUGGCGCUCGAUUACGCGAACUUCAUUUGCUGUAAACCUACUAGCUUAGUUCGUGUUUACAUGUCAGGCGUAUAUUUAGUGCUUGUUUUAGAGGCAACUGAACAGUGAUUGUGUUGAUACGUAUGAGUGAUGCGCCUGAACCGAUGCAAGUGUAGCGUUGGACCUAUUUUCGUAGCACGGAAAUAAGAGCGGCAAAAGGAGCAAAAAGCAUUCACUACCUAAAAACUUGAGGACGCAUACGUCUAUGCCGAGUGUAUUUUUGUCUGAUGUGAUCAAAUGUCUAUAAUAGUUAAGUGUAAAGUUGUAGUGUUCCAAAUUUGAAAAUGAAGAAGAGGACGAUAUCAAAAUUGAAAUCGAUAUUCGGCUCGAAGAAAGGCAAACGGCAACAAGAACAACAACAAUCCUUAAAGUCUUCCCGCUCGCCGUCCCCGGAUCUACACAGUCCGGCUUCCACCGGCAGCGAAUCGUUCCGGCCGAUACAACGGACUCCACCCCCAACUCGCGUUGGGCCGCCGCCUUCCCCUCCAGUUCCUACGAACCCGAUAGUUCCUGUCGCCCCCGAACCUUCUGGCCCUUUACCUCUGUCGCCAUGUCUUGUUUGCGGAAGAACGUUCGUGCCUCAGUCGCUAGCGAAACACGUCAAAAUAUGCGAGAAGAUGACCGUGAAAAAACGAAAAACCUUCGACUCCUCAAGACAACGACGUGAAGGCACGGACUUAGAACAAUACUUGCCAAAGAAUUUCGGUCUUCCAGAAAACAGUCCCUUCCUCGAGAAGAGUCCGCCGAACACUGCCAAAGCUGCGCCCAAACCUAAAAAUCAUUCUGUAAGAAGUGCUAUUAUGAAGCCCGCGGCCGACCUACAGAAGUGUCCGCAUUGCAAUCGGGCGUUCGGCCUGCGUGCGUUCGAGCGUCACGUGGAGUGGUGCGCAGACAAGGCAAAGAUCUUGCCGGCGGCGCCCGGGCAGCCUCCCCCUCAUAUUGCUGAUGCGAAGCAGAGGCUAAACGCUCGCACGCAGUAUAAAGCGCCCCCAGUUCGUGGCAGACGAUCCUCACAAACACGUGAAAAAUCAUCCAACAGUCGGUCCGCAUCAGUGGAAUCGACGCGCGGUAUCUCACCGCCUCGUGAGUACGGAGACUACAGGCACACUCGUACCAGAGCGUCAGAAUCCGUGUCCAGCAAUGACUACCACGAAGAAAAUACAGCGCACGUUCCAGUUAUUAGAAACUCAAGAAUUGGUCAAAAUAAUUCAUCAGGAGAUGCAAAUGUGAAAGCCAGACAAGCAAGACUUGCCAAAGACCUAAGCAGUUCCAGACCGAUCCAAGAAUCUGAUCCAUUCGAUAUCCAACAAACCAAUACAGACCUUAAUAUUAAAAAAGAUGAUACACAAAGUAAACCCAAAUCCAGAUUAAAUAUAAAAAAACGAGAACAACUAAAAAAACUCGAAGAAAUUGCUAACAAAUAUAGUGAAAAGAAACAAAAUGUACAAAAAGAUAAAUUAAAGAACGGAGCAAAGAGUUUAGAUAAAAAAGAUUCGAAAGAUCCAAAAAGUCAAAUUCCAAUACCAAGAAAAACAAAUCUAAUAAAAGAGAAGAAAGUAAUCGAAGCACAGGUGUUAGACAAAACGAAUAAUCUUAACUCAAUUGAAGCUGAAGACCAAGCUACUUCAUCGUCACUUUCCAGACAAAAUGCUAGUUCAUCAAAUGUUAAAAAUAAAGUAACAGCAAAAUACAAUAUUAAAAAAGAUUAUACAAAGAAAAUUAAAGAAAGUACGAUCAGUUUAGAUAGCCUCGAGAAUGGUUCAAUAAAUACGAAUAGAGACAAAAAUAGUCAAUCAGUAGGAAUAAAUACAGAACUUCUGUGUCCUUGUAUACCUUGUGUCAUAUAUGACAAUUCAGAACAUAACCCAGUGAAUAAAAAACGAAACAAAUCAUUAUCAAAAAAUAAAAUAAAACUAGUUAAAGUUGAUAAUUCAGAUUCGCCUGUAAAGUUGCUGUAUAAAAAUCCUAAAAUACUAAGUUUUUGCGAUGUUGAGAGCGAUAAAACUUGUAACGAAAAUAUUAACCAAUCAAACGAAAAUUUAUCGUUGGUGAAUCAAUCAAAUUUAACCUUAUGUAAAUCUUUUACCGAUGAUUCUUUAACUAAAAAUAAUUUAGAAAAGAAAAAGACUUGUGAAGAUAUAAAUAAAACUGUAUUUGACAUACAUUAUAUAAAUUAUAUAGAGCCGAACAAGAACUCUUCAAAUGAUAAUAUGGUAGACAGUAUAUCUAACCUAUCAGCAGAAAAUAUUGAAACUAAUUGUGAACACGAUCUAAGUGAGGGAAGUUUUGAAGACUCAUUUGAUAUUAAAAAAGAGGUUAGCGCAGAGGCUGAUACAGUUUUAGUUUGUCGUCAUAGUAGUGGUGAUACAUAUACAAAAUUCACGGAGGAUCCUGCUGAUUUAGAGGAAUUUCUGAGCAUAACGGAUAAAAUGAUUAAUAAUGAUAAAACACAACUCGAAACAAAUAACAUAGAAAAAUCUGUUCAAAAUAUUCAUACGCCACGAACAGAUUCGAUUGAAUCAAUGAAUAGAAAACUCUCUGAAAAUAGCACCAAAGAUACUAAUAAAACUGGGCCUGUUUUCUCAGACACUUUAGAAGAAUUAAAAAGUAACUUGAAAGAUCUUCUAAACGAAGCAGAUCAUGAAGCAGACAAUUUAACAAAAUACAAAGAAAUGAAUGAGUCUGAGUUUAAAAAAAAUGUAUGCGAUAUGGAGCACAUCACAGUAUAUGGACUUAAAUUUUAUGAAGAAAAACAGGCAGUUGAAAAUAAUUCAAUAGAAGAAAAACCUUCGGAAUUAAAGUUACCGUCAAUAAAUAAAACUAAUAAAUUUUCACAAAACGAUAAUGAUAAAAAUGUGCAUUGUAAUAUAUAUAAAGCAAAUAGAAACUCUAGAAUGUUAAAACAUAAGAAAAGAACAAACAGCGAAUAUCGAACAUUUAUCAUAAAAGAAAACCAAGAGGAUAUCUGUGAUGAAUCGCCACCGUUAAAGUUGCCUCGCAUCGAAAAUAAAAGCAGUAACAAUAUAGUAAGUGAUAAAAUUUUCCCAUCCUCUAUUAAACGUUCCACCUCCCUCCUUGACUCCAUUCAAAAGAAAACCGGAACUAAGUUAGAUAAUUCAAAAGGUCGUCACAAGACAGACCAACUUGAAGAUGAUCUGAUGCAAUCUUUAAAAGAUUUUGACAAAUUCUAUGAGUCCGAAAGAAUUGAAAAUCAAUCUUCGAAUAAAGAGGUUGUCAAUAACAAUAAGAUCAUAUAUAAUGAUAAGUCAAAGAAAGAAUUUCGUCGAAAAGUGGACCACAAACCUAACAAACAUGAAACUAACCACAACGGAAACUACACACCAAAUGGAAAAUCAACCAAUGAUUCAGCAUAUAGCAGGUUAGUCAGCCUAAAUAGAAUAUCCCCGUCAAAGUUAUCUUUGUGUAAUGUAAAAGAGCAGAACGGAGUCACGUCUCUUGAACCUGUUGGUUCCGAUUCAAACAGUAGCCACAAAGAUGAUGUCCGCUCAAUUUCUAGUGAAGAAUUUUUAGCAAUGGAACGGUCAGCUGAGCUUGAUGGGCCGAUACCGCGUACUGAAACACACAAGGAACUAGAGACCCCUGCAAUUAACGAUAAAAAAGUUAGCUCCCGGGCGUCUUCUAGGCACAGUCCUACAUGGAGACCACGGCAUGAGACCCUGAGCUCCAGUGGAUCUGAAACAUCUCUGCACCGACAACGUAGAGACUCCAUCCCCGCACCGCGUCUCUCACGCUUCUGUCACGAGUGCGGGAAUAAAUUUCCCGUAGAGACGGCCAAAUUUUGUAUCGAAUGUGGUGUCAAAAGACUUGUAGUGUAAUCAAAGUUAUGGUGUAGAUGAGCGAUUUCUAGUCUAAAUAAUUGUUU